CGCAGCAUUUGAAGAAGGACGACGGAGGAAGCGCCGGAGAAUGAAGCCAAUCUUCGGGAAGAUCGUGAGCGACAAGAUGCAGAAGAGUGUCCUGGUGGCCGUCACACGCAUUGUGAAGGACCCAACGUACGGCAAGUACUACAAGAAGACAAAGAAGUUUAUGGCGCAUGACGAAGAGAACGCGUGCAACAUUGGCGACAUGGUUCGCAUCAGCCAGACGCGUCCGUUGAGCAAGCGAAAGCGCUGGAAUGUCGAAGAGAUCCUGAAGAAGGCUGAAAUUUAAUGCAUCCCGAUUCAUGGUCGUAGGUGUGCGUCACAUGUAGUCGCCCAGGCGCACGAAUUCAACGUGCCCUUUCAUGCACAUGACCAGGGGACGAUCGACAUAGGGAUGUAGUGUGUCUGGUUACUUCGCAUCUAAAACUCAUCGUCGUCGUCGGAUUCCA